CUCGAUCUAAUAACAUUUAUUAAAUUCUUCCGUUAUUUGGACUAUAAAAGAAAUCAUGUGUAAAGUAGCUGAGUUUUUCUUCUUUUUUGUGGUGCUGUUCGGCUCCUACAGAUGUUGGGUGAUGACCGACCAUGAGGAAUCAGCUCCGAACACCUGCACUCUCGAUGAAGAUGUAGAGGAUAUCAAUAGUGAGGAGGUGGCUCGACAGAAGUUCCAUCUAAUCUUCCCAGGUACGAAAUGGUGCGGAACCGGCGACGUCGCUGACAACUAUGACGACCUCGGCUCGGCCAGGGAGACCGACAUGUGCUGCAGGGACCAUGACCACUGCUCAGACCUCAUCCUCGGCAAGGAGACCAAAUACAACCUCACCAACCCAGCCUUCUACACCAGAUUGAACUGCGAGUGUGACGAGAAAUUCCGUCUGUGCCUUCGUGCUGCAAAUAGUCGAGUGGCGAAAAGGAUCGGAAAAAUCUAUUUCAACGCUCUGGGGACCAAGUGUUAUAGGGAGGACUACCCCGUCAUCGGGUGCAAAUCUUACGGCGGAUGGUUCAAAAGGAAAUGUGUGGAGUAUUUGUUCAACACCACAGCUGACAAGCUGUACCAGUGGUUCGACGUCAACAACUUCUAAACACCAUACUUUAACAAUUCAUACUU